UACUUAUACUUUAUGUCGAUUACGAAACUUUGUAAUUAAAGGCAAAACAAGAGUUGAUUUCACAAAUCAUACAACUUGUUUACGGUGACUGUCAACAGAGGCUUAUAGGUAGGGUAUCGGAUGUUACGUGGUCGGCAGUCAGAUGUAUAGUGUUAAUGACUGUGUGAAGAGGUCACUCUGUAUAAGCCAAGCAUGGUUAUUCGAGAUGAUUACGCCUUUUAUAGGUUAAUUGGUAAAUGCAACUUUUCCAACACUAACAUUUACUUAGUGAAAUGUAAAGCUUCAAAUACGCUGCUUGCAGUGAAAGAAACAGAUCUUGAUUCUGCUUCAACUGAGUGCUUCAAGUUUCUGCAGCAAGAACUUUGGAUCUCUCGAAGCUUGUGCCACAAAAAUGUUCUUGUUCAUAAUCAAACAUUGAUCGAAAAUGGAAAACUCUAUGUUGUUAGUGAAAUGAUGGACUAUGGUUCUUGUACUGACUUAAUGGAAUCCCAUUUUAAGUAUGGCCUACCUGAGUUGGUGAUUGCUUACACACUCCGUGAAGUUCUUAAUGCAUUGGAAUAUAUACACAGUCUCCAGUGUAUUCACAGAGGAGUAAAAGCAAGUCACAUAGUUCUUUCAAGUGACGGAAGUGUAAAAUUAUCUGGACAUCGAAAUAUGAUUUCUGUGUUGAACAAAGAUUUUCGUUCUGCUCCAGUUCAUGAUUAUCCACGACACGACACGUUUUUGCUUCCAUGGUUGAGCCCAGAAAUACUACAGCAGAACAUGCAGGGGUAUGGACCAGAGUCUGAUAUUUACAGUCUAGGAAUCACAGCAUGUGAGCUUGCUAAUGGUCAUGCACCUUUUACUGAUAUGCCAAGUACACAGAUGCUGCUGGAGAAAUUAAAUGGCACAAUGCCUUGUCUGUUGGAUAAAACAACUGUUCCACUAACUAAUGAUAGUGUUUUAGAAAAUAUGGAUCCAAAUAUACAGGAACAACAUCAUGCAACAGGUGUAAGGAGUUUUUCACCAGCUUUUCAUAAGUUUCUUUUAUCAUGCCUGCAACGAGAUCCCGCGCAGAGACCCAGUGCUUCUGAACUGCUUAAUCAUCCAUUUUUUAAUCAGCUUUCCAUGCUUGAAAUAAACCUUGAAACACUGCUAAAACCUUUGGUUCCAGUAACACUGCAGAACUAUAAAACAGCUGUUUUGUCAUUUCUAGUCCAUGGAGAAGAAAUAAACGAUUUAUCGAAACAAAUUGGAGCCUUGGAAACAUCUGCAAUUGAAUGGGAUUUUGACAAUUAAUAUAUGCUUGUUUUAGUUUUAGUUCCUUGUUUUUUUGCCACUGCCUGUUUUCUGCAUUUUAGAAACGAACCAUGUUUAUGUUAAAUGUAAGAUCCUGAAUAAAGAAACGGUUUAAAAUAUAUAUCAUCAAUAGAUGUGAUUGUUGCAUAAUAUUAAAUCUAGUUCCUUGCUGUUCAGAUUGUUUUACACUGUAUCAUUUAUUAAUAAAAUUGAAGCACCAUA